GGAGUACAUGACGUCACUUCCUGACAAAGCACCGUUUGGGAUUAGCUACAGCUAGCUGCUUAGCUAGCAUGUCCCUAUAGGAGUUGUGUAGGAUACAAUUAUUAUAAUUAAAAACGAAAUCGCCGAGCUGCCACAGCUAUCCUUUAAAAAAAUUUUGAACCACAGGAAGGUCAUGGAGGAACCAGGAGCUAUAGAGGUGACCGUGAAAACUCUGGACUCCCAGAGCAGGACGUUCACUGUCAGGGGAGAGUGGACAGUGAAGCGGUUUAAAGAGCACAUCUCUUCUGCGGUUGAGAUCCCGGUGGAUAAGCAGAGGUUGAUCUAUCAGGGUAAAGUGCUGCAGGAUGAGAGGACACUCACAGAAUACAAUGUUGAUGGGAAGGUCAUUCAUCUUGUGGAGCGAGCACCUCCUCAGAGCAGUCAGUCUGGGGGUGGAGGAGGUGGAGUUUCUGGCUCCUCAGGUACAACGGAUGGAGGGUCCACCUCCUCUCAGUCCUCCACUUUCCCAGGAACUCCACAUGACCGUAAUGCCAACAAUUAUGUCAUGCUAGGCACUUUAAAUCUGCCGGUGAAUGUUAUGGACCCACAGCAAAUACAGAUGUCAGUGCAGCAGAUGUUGGCUGGUGUUGGAGAAAUGGGGCGUAAUGUCAGAAUGAGCACCAGCACAGGAAGCAGCGGCUCUGUGGAUGUCCAUAUCAAUGUGGACCAAUCAGUGCAGAGCGAGCCCAGGAUGAGGCUCCAGCUGGCUGAAAGCCUGCUGCGAGACACACAGGCUUUAAUCCACAGACUCGAGGAGGGUCAAUCAAGUGAACCGUCAUCUCAGCAGGAGACACCACCUCCUCAGCCACCAUCAUCAUCAUCAUUCUCCGCAGAACCAAUGGACAGCUCCCCACCUCCACCCUCGUCCUCUGCUUCACAGACAGAAGGAGCAACUCACUCUGGACCCAAUCACCCCAGCCCUUUAGAGUUGGUGGAGGUUCUGUCAGAGGUCCGAAGGGUGGAGGAGCGCCUCCAUCCAUUCAUGGAGAGAACACAUUCCAUCCUUGGAGCGGCCAGUUCUGCUGACUACAACAACAAUACUCAAGAAUGUGAGGAGGAUCAGCGCACUCUCAAUUUGAUUGGAGAGUCACUCCAUCUCCUAGGCAACACAUUGGUGGCUCUGAGUGACCUCCGAUGCAAUUUAUCAGCUCAGCCACCCCGCCACUUACAUGUGGUGCGGCCCAUGUCUCACUACACCUCCCCUGUUGUGCUGCAGAGUGGACCGCCCCAUAUUUCCAUUCCAAUGAACCUGGGCUCGACUGUGACCAUGACAACAAACAGCAGACAGACAAGCGAGGGUCAGGCCCAACCUUCACAGCCAAGCAACCAUUCAGAGCCUCAGGGUCAGGCACCUCCUCCUCCACCGAAUGGAGCCAGUCAACAAAUGGGUCACGGUCAGGGGACUCCAAGAGUGAUCAGAAUCACUCACCAGACCUUGGAGCCAGUGGUCAUGAUGCAGAUGAACCUGGAUGCAGAUUCAGACAGUGGAGCGCAGGGCCAAAGGCAGCACAAUCCCAGCACUGCUGGAGAGACUGGCACCACGACACCCAUCCAUGUACCAGGACUGCCACCUGAGUUCAUGCAGGCCAUCAUGCAUCAGAUCUCCCAGCAGGCUGUCGCCAUGGCAACCGCAGCCUCUGCUGGACACCAGGGGCAGCAGCAGGACACUGCUGGCUCAGGUGCCCAGAGUGCAGACAGCCCAGCCCCUCCACCACCUCAGGCCAGGGUGGUCAUCACACGGCCCUCCUUAUCUCCACACAUCCCCCAACCCAUGAGCACUAGAGGGACCACCAUCAACCUGCGGGCAACAGUGCCCCCCUCAGCAGGACAACAGACUAAUCAAGGCAACCCUAUGACGUCCUCUCCUCUCACACAGAUGGUCAGUGGUUUGGUAGGGCAGCUUUUGAUGCCGUUGCACACAGGUAAGUGGUCCUUACGUGUUCAUUCCUGUGAAAGAUCUGGCAUCACACAGCUUUUAAAAUUAUUAUGUUUUCUGUCAUCAGGAGACCAGACAUCCACUACCUCAUCAUCCCACUCCUUCUCUUUCUCUUCCUCCUCUUCCAUCUCCUCCUCCACUGCUCCUCCAUCCUCUGCCAACACAUCCGGUCAGACGUCCACCCACACCACCAGCACGGCGUCCGUGGGUCAGGCCCAGGAGGGCGGCCCAGGAGAUAACCUAGCUCAGCUGCUGAGCUCACUUUUGGGACGAGUUGCGGGAGCUGGUGGAGUGGGGUCUGGAGGUCCUCCCUCAAUUACAGUGACUGUUCCAGGUGUCCCUGCAUUCAUUCAGGGCCUCUCAGAGUUCAUUCAGUACGGCCAGCCUGUGUUUCCUCCACCAAACCAGCAACUGCCUCCAUCCUCACAAGCCACACCCUCUGCCCCUUCAGGAGCCGCCCACACUACCACUCCUCAGCCUCCCAAUGGAGGUGGAGAGACCCUCAGCCCGGAGCUUUUUACAGGCAUCGUGCAGGGUGUCCUAUCCACCAUGAUGGGCUCUCUGGGUGCUGGUCAAGGCAACACUGAGAGCAUCGCCCAGUUUAUUCAAAGACUUUCCCAGACCAGCAACCUCUUCACACCUGGAGCUGGAGAUGCAGUGGGGUUCUUUGGAGAUCUGCUGUCUCUGGUGUGUCAGAGUUUCUCCAUGGUGGACAUGGUUCUGCUGCUGCAUGGUAAUCCUCAGCCUCUGAGCCGUAUCCAGCCCCAGCUCAUAGCCUUCUUCACUGAGCACUAUCUGCACGGCCGAGAGCCCACCGAUGCCAACAUAGCUAGUGCUGCUGAGGAUCUGAUCAAUGGACUAGAGGAGUACAUUGCAGAGAGUUUUUCCACUGUGACUGUUCGAGAGGGAGUGGACAUCAUCCAAACCAACAUAUCCUUCCUGAGACAACAGUUCACUCGCAUUGCUACUCACAUUCUGCGCUGUACAGAUAACACAUUUGGCCAGCGCUUGCUGUAUCUGUGCACCCAGGGUCUGUUUGAGUGUUUGGCCCUCAAUCUCUAUUGCUUAAGAGGAGAGCAUAGAGCUUUAACCACCAUCAUCAACCACCGAAUUAGGAGGAUGUCAGCUGAAGUGAACCCCAGUCUGGUGAACUGGUUGACCAGUAUGAUGUCCAUGAGGCUGCAUGUGAUUUUAGAGCACAAUCCAGUCACUGAGGACCAGAUCCAGCAUUACGUCAUCUAUACGCAGAGUGAGUCAUCUCAGAGAACAGAGUCAGAUGCACAAGCAAGCCAGCAGUCAGAUAACAUGAGUGUUGAGAUGGAAGAGGGUCUGUCUCCUGCUCCUGCCACCACUGCAGAGGAAGUCAUGGCAUCCUCACGAGACACUGCUGACACCGAUGAACCACCUGGCAGACCAUUGUUAGAGGAGACACGAGGAGCAGUAGCCAUGGCCACUGCAGACAGGGAGGAGUCAAUUGGAGAGGUGGAGCCAUGGGCAGCAACUGUUCCACCUGAGUGGGUACCCAUCAUAAGACAUGACAUGUUGACCCAGAGGAAGAUUAAAUCACAGCCGCCGCUGUCUGAUGCUUAUCUGCAUGGGAUGCCGGCCAAGAGGAGGAAGACCGCACAGGGAGAGGGUCCUCACCUCUCUCUCACUGAGGCCGUGAGUCGAGCAGCCAGGACAGCAGGGGUGCAACCUGUUACUGCCCCAGACAGCCUACAGGGGGAGCUGGAGGCAGCAGAGCUGCAGGAAGCAUAUACACAACAGGUGAAGAGUGAUAUAAAGAAACGACUGCGUGAUGAUCCAGACUACAACCACCAGCGGUUUCCCAACACACACAGGGCUUUUUCUGAGGACUCCUAACCAACAGCUCGGUUUACUCUGUCUUGUCAUCUGUCAAACACAGUCAUGUCCAUGACGUCUCGAGGAACAGCCAGUAGCAUCUCAUGCAUUGAGGGUUCCCAGUUUUGAAAUCGCCAACUGACACAUAACUCAGAUGUCUGCCAUAGUCAAAUGUGUGGAUAGUGACUAAAUAUAGAGCCGGUGAACUAGACUGGCCAUGGAGGCAGAGCAUUUUUUUUUUUUCUCUUCUACGUGCCGUCCAUCUGUGUGAAACCGCAUCUUAUAUUCUUUGCAGAUGUCAAAGCAGUCAGUGAGUUUUACUCGGGCAGGAUUCAUAUAUGCCCGCCAAUUGUAAAUUAGCUGUACAUUGUUGUAAUAAGUUGUUUUAAUAAUGACAAUAAUAGCAGUUGUAUUACAGGCACAUAUAUAUGAAGAAAACCUAAUUCAUUCCAGCUUCACCUGCUUGAUGUUUAGAUAAAGGAGAUGCCAAGAUUGAUGUUUACAAGCUCCAGACAUGUUGAAUAUGAUUAGAUUUACAGCACUGCACAUUUCGUCACUGAGGACUGGAAGCCUUUUAGUCAUAGUGAUGCCAUAGAGCUGUUGUUUGUAAUUAUUUCUUGCAUGCCAAAAACAUCUUGUUGGCUCCAUCAUGUUGUUCAUGAAUGUGACUAUUACAAAAUAAAAUGGUCCAAGUCUAGAAUUACUUCUUGUUUUAAAGAAA